UUCCGCUUCCGUCAUCUCACGCAGUUUCGCCAUGGCCUCCUCGGAAGCCAGUCGUUCUUCUCCCCGGUCUCGGCGGGAGCUGGAGGUGCGCAAUCCACGCCAGGACAAGUACUCGGUGCUUUUGCCCACCUACAACGAGCGCGAGAACCUACCACUCAUCGUGUGGCUGCUGGUGAAAAGCUUCUCAGAGAGUGGCAUCAAUUAUGAAGUUAUAAUCAUAGAUGAUGGAAGCCCAGAUGGAACAAGGGACGUUGCUGAGCAGUUGGAGAAGAUUUACGGGGCAGACAGAAUCCUACUAAGACCACGAGAGAAAAAGUUGGGGCUAGGGACUGCAUAUAUUCAUGGAAUGAAACAUGCCACGGGAAACUACAUAAUUAUUAUGGAUGCUGAUCUCUCACACCAUCCAAAAUUUAUUCCUGAAUUCAUUAGGAAGCAAAAGGAGGGUAACUUUGAUAUUGUCUCUGGAACUCGCUACAAAGGAAGUGGAGGUGUAUAUGGCUGGGAUUUGAAAAGAAAAAUAAUCAGCCGUGGGGCCAAUUUUAUAACACAGAUUUUGCUGAGACCAGGAGCAUCUGAUUUAACAGGAAGUUUCAGAUUAUACCGCAAAGAAGUUCUACAGAAAUUAAUAGAAAAAUGUGUUUCUAAAGGCUACGUCUUCCAGAUGGAGAUGAUUGUUCGGGCAAGACAGUUGAAUUAUACUAUUGGUGAGGUUCCAAUAUCAUUUGUGGAUCGAGUUUAUGGUGAAUCCAAGCUGGGAGGAAAUGAAAUAGUCUCUUUCUUGAAAGGCUUAUUGACUCUGUUUGCUACUACAUAAAAGAAAGUUAUUGAUUUAUAUUCAUAUUCAUUUCAAUUUAAACGCAAAAGAAGCCUGGUUACUGAUUAUCAUAAAAUGUACUGGUAAAGUGUAAACUAUAAGGUAAGGUAAAUUCCGUGCAAAUCUUUUUUUCUGGAGAAACUCUUUCAAAUUAAAUAAUUUCAAAGUUACUGUUUUAAUGAGGAAUGUUCUCAGUUUUCAUUUACAUUUUGCUGUAUUAAGACCUGUAAAUAAAUGUACGUGGGGUUUUUGCAUAAAA